GAUCUGUUUCACUCAGAAAAAACAAAUUCUCAGUUGACGAUGGUAUUGCAAAGUUAAUUGUUUCGGUAACUACAACCGUUUAAAAUACAGCGCAAUUCGUUACUCUGACAGAUCCAGCUGGAAAAACUGUGACUGCAUUGAGCACAAUGUCAAUGAUCCGUAUUUACCAAAUUGACAAUCCAAGUAGUGGUGUAUACAGCUUGGUGUUCCCAUCAGGAGUUGGGAAGUAUGAAUACACCGCUGCAGCUGUUUCGAAGAAUGCAAUUGACUUUGCUCAUAACUUUAUGUAUCAAGAAAACACGAGAAAAGAAUCCCCACCAUUCUCGUUGUAUAACCCUAUUACAGGUGUUGCAAACCAAAUGAUUAUUCGCUUGGGAGGUGCACACCGAAUUGACAUGAACACAAUUCGAGCUGAUCUUGUAGACAUACAUGGAAACGUUUUGCUCUCCAACUUAAAGCUGUCAGAUUUGGAUGCUGAUGAUAAAGUACUUAGUACGAUGUUGACACCGCCUACGCAAGCAUUUAAAGUCAGAUUGACUGGCAAGUGCAUUUUAUGUUGUAGAUGAAUUAUUGGUUAGGAAAACAAAAAAAUUAACUUGGAUUGCAAUAGUAUACCUUAGUACUUUGAUUUAAAUUCUGACUUGCAGGUCAAAAAAAGACUGGUGCGCCAUUUGAACGAAUUUCUCGUGGUGUAUCAAAAGCUUCUAACGUAUUCGUUCGACCAACGUUUGCUGGAGACCAGUUCACAGUUACAUCGGGUGAACGAAACGUAGCUGUUCAAGUUCAAGCUCUUGUUUUUGGCUCAAGUGAAUCUCAACCUUUAACAUUCACAGCAAAGGCAAGACGUGGAAGCAUCACAAGAACAGCAUCGAAAAAUAUACGCAGGAUGGGUUUCGUGACGUUGAUCUACAACGCACCAUCGGGCAUGAAAGGAAAGACAGAAACUAUUGGAGUAACUGUGACCAACACAAGAACAGCUGAAAAUUCCACACACACCUUUUCCAUCUUGUUGAAGUAAAAUUUUAUAUGGCCUAGCCUCUAAUUAGUUUAAGAAGAAAAAUUAUACAAACA